UGGAUCGAGAUGGAUUACCAAAAAACGUAGUUGACCCAACGGAAUAAAAGAGCGCUCACCUUCUGGGGGAAGCGCUUCUUCCCACAAGAGUGCUUCCCAUGGCCGUCUCCUCCUCCAGCUCUAGCCUCCCUUCCGCCACGGAAAGAACUGGCCAAUGGGUUCCAUCUGAUCAAGAUAUCCCGACCGAUAUCAUCAUCCAUGUCGGUGAUGUUAGCUUCCCUCUUCACAAGUUCAUGCUUGUGGCUAAGAGUGGGUACAUACGAAGAAAGAUCAUGGAUUCGGACCGGACUAACGUCGCCCGGAUCGAUCUCUCGGAGGUGCCGGGUGGAGUGGAGGCAUUUGAGAAGGCUGCUAAGUUCUGUUAUGGUGUGAACUUUGAGAUCUCGGUGUACAACGUGGUGGCGCUCCGAUGCGCUGCGGAGUACUUGGAGAUGACUGAGAAGUACUGCGAAGGGAACCUCGAAGGACGGACGGAGGAAUUCUUGGCUCAGGCGGCGCUCAAGACGCUCCCUGGCGCUGUGAUCGUGCUGCGAUCUUGCGAGGAGCUGCUCCCCAUGGCUGGGGAGAUCCAGAUCGCGAAGCGAUGCUUCGAUGCCAUCAGUUUGAAGGCAUGCAACGAGGCGAACUUUCCGACGAGGUGCCCGCCGGAGUGGUGGGCAGCGGAGCUCGCCGCCCUCAGCCCCUCCUCCCUCCAAAAGAUCCUCUCUGCCAUGCGAUCCCGCGGCGCCUCCACCAAAACCCUCGCCGCCGCCGUCGCCGCCUACGCCGAGCGCAACCUCCCCGACCUCCUCGCUCUCCCAAGCGCCGCCGCCCCCGGCACCCUCCCCGUCCCCGCCACCGCCGCCAACCACCGCCCCCGCCAGCGCGCCCUCCUCGAGUCCUUCGCCGCCCUCCUCCCCACCGUCGUCCCCGACGACGCCCUCCCCGUCGGCUUCCUCUGCUGCCUCCUCCGCGCCGCCAUCUUCCUCACGGCCUCCGCCGCCUGCCGGCAGGAGCUCGAGCGCCGGAUCUCCGUCGCGCUCGACCAGGCCAUCGUCGCCGAUCUCCUCGUCGUCGCGCUGGACUACUCAGGCGAGCGGAUCGUCGAUCUAGACAGCGUCCGCCGGAUCGUGGCAAGGUUCUUGCAAAGGGAGAUGGGUGGCGGCGGCGAAGACAACUAUGGAGGCGGCGCCGUCUGCUGCUCCGCCGCGCUCCAGAAGGUCGCCCGCACCGUGGACGCGUUCGUAGGCGAGACCGCCACCGACAAGGAUCUGACAGUGCACAAGUUCGCCGGGAUCGCUGGCGUGCUCCCCAAGUCCGCCCGGAGGUUCGACGACGACCUCUACCGGGCCGUCGACAUCUACCUCAAGGCUCACACGGGACUGCACGAGAUCGAGAAAGAGAAGGCGUGCAGCGUGAUGGACCCGCUCAAACUCUCUCACGAGGCCCGACUCCACGCCGCUCGGAACAACCGCCUCCCCUUACAAAUAAUCCUCCACGCGCUCUACUUCGACCAGCUCAAGCUCCGGAGCGGGGCCGCGGCGAAGGACGCGGUGGCGCCGCCGAACUCGGCGGCGGCCGCCCGGGCCGGGGCGAUGGCGGAUGCGUCGCUGAUGCGGGAGAACGAGGCGCUGCGGUCGGAGCUCACACGGAUGCAGCUCUGCCUGUCCGAGCUACAGGGCGGUAGUGGGCUCAAAGGAAGGCCCAAAAGGCCCACGUUUCUCUCCUCGUUUUCCAAGACCCUGGGGAAGCUUAACCCGUUUAGGCAUGGGUCCAUGGACGCUUCUAGCAUUGAUAAUGGUGGGGUUGGGGUCCUUGGGGAGGCUUUGACCAAGCCUAAGCCUAGGAGAAGAAGGUUCUCUAUAUCUUAGGUUGAUUUGGGUGAUUAGGCGUUAGAGACGCUCUUUCGUUGGUUUGCAUAAUUGAUUUGGUAUUUCUCUCUAUGUGUGUAUGUAUAUGUAUGUAGUUGACCGGAUUUCUAAGCUUGUAAUCUGCUAAGAAAUUUGCAACAAUGUAUUGAAAAAGUAUUAGCCAUUUUUUUCUAA